AUGUCCGAGGCCGUGCAAAAGCAGGAAUUCGACAUCUAUGCCACUUUUCAGCAGUUCCUGCUCGACGAAGAAAUCUCCCCGCCGCUAGCGGCCAUCCUCUCCUUGGCGGAGGCGAUCGUCAUGUCGAACGCCGGGACCAUGUUCGAGCUGGUGCAAGCCCUCAACGACGGCGCGGAGGAGCUCAAGAGGCGUUCUCGCAACCCGAUCAGCCUCAAUGCCGGCUGCGAGCUCUUCAUCGCAUUCGUCACCCUCUUCCCCCACGAGUCCGACAAUUUUGCAGAGCUCAAGAAGGAGCUGGAAGAGCAGGGUCGAACGUACGCCCGAGAGGCGAUAUCCUUCCGCGAUAAAAUCGCCCGGCUCGCGCUGGGCUUCAUCAAGGACGACUCGGUGAUCCUCACGCACUCGUACUCGCGCGUGGUGCUCAAAGCACUGCUCCACGCUCACAAGACGAAACGUAUAUCCGUAUACGUAACCGAAUCGCGGCCCAAGGGACUAGGGUUGACGACGUACGAGAAGCUGACCACUGCCGGGAUCCCGUGCACGGUCGUGCUGGACUCGGCGGUGGCGUACGUGAUGGAUCGGGUCGACUUUGUGCUUGUCGGCUCCGAGGCGGUCGUCGAGAGCGGGGGGCUGGUGAACUACGUGGGGAGCAGCCAGAUGGCCAUCAUCGCGAAGGCAGCGAACCGGCCGUUCUACGCGUUGGCAGAAAGCUACAAAUUCCACCGCCUGUUCCCGCUAUCGCAGUACGAUCUGCCGACGGACAACCCGAGCAUCCUGUCGUUCCCAACUCCGACGGGGCAGUCAGGUGGGCAGGAGGGAGUGGCGACGGGCGCUGCGGGAUCGGGCUCGACGAGCAGCGAGCGUGGGAUGGGGGCGGAGCAGAUAAGGAAGAACCCGGGGGUGGACUACACACGGCCGGACCUGAUCUCGCUCGUCUUCUCGGACGUUGGGAUUCUGACGCCAGAGGGCGUGAGCCAGUACUUGGUGGGCAUGUUCGCCGGUUGA